CGCAAAUUGAGAAUAGGGGACCCACAUACCCCUCUAGGACGUGACCGAAACGGGUAAGCGAAACGAUUAGGUUUGGAAAUUUUAGUGGCCUGCGAAGGUCGCGCCAGCCUGAGUGGCGUUUCGUGCCGCGUCAGGCGGCAUCUGGCAGCCCACCGGGUACCCGGCCGCGCCUACGCAUUCGCCCCACGUCAUGUACCCGAGGGCCCCUGGGAGACCAAACUACCAGCAUAGAAGCGAGUUUUUUUUUUCAGUCCAGAGGAUAUCCAGGGGCCUCUGAAAUACCCGCAUGUUAGGCCCCAGAUGGGCAACUUCGCGACCUCUAUUCUUCCUCGACCCUUGAUAAUAUCCACAUAUGGUACGAAUAACCUUGUGGUCCUAUCAAGCGAUUUAGGCCCAACGCACCGAGCACCUGUGCAUUUAGCACGCCGAGACUUACCGGGACUCUCGCCCAUUGUACGCUGCAUCGUAGCUCACUCUAGCUUGAUCUCGCCAUUAUGAUGACAUCACCACAUUACAGAAUCUCGCCACUAGUCAUCGCACCAGAUGAAGUCUGUGGGCUUGAGCCUGAAAAACGAGGUCCCUUGUCAUUUUUCGCGAUGGAUGGAUUGAAACCGGUAUAUCCGGGCAAAUUGUGUUGAUGGUAGAAGAGCUGAUUUGAAGCUUUUGUCCGAGCCAUUUCACCAUCAGCAUGGUCAGCCGCUGUGUGGUUUCGAGAUGAACACGGAAUAUGGCCACUGUAGCCUGGGACAUGAUACGUUGUCUUUGCGCUUCCAUCGCAGAGGUCCAUGGUAGUUGAUGCCAUACCUGUUUUGGCCACAAAAGGGCGACCAGAAGGACACUCCCCCGCCAUUCCCAUGUCCAUCUGGUAGCUGGAUUUUGUUUGGUCUUCAACUAUAAGGUCACAGGCUACGCUUGAUGACCAUUUCGGCUGAUGAAAUGUAGGACAAGCAGCGUGGUCUGAACUACUUCUUCCGUACGAAUGCCGGCUCAUCGUCAUUCCCGCGCACGGCUUAGUUGCAGGCUUGUUUGAAAAUGCAGCGCUUAUACCAAGUGGGUCGGGCACGUGAUAGUCUGACAGUGUCAGUCCUUGUGACAUCAUUACUGAAAUUGUCUUAUCGCGCAUCCCUAGCAAACAAGCGCUUGGUGUGGGAUAGUUCCCAGGGUUGAGAUACUUGGAUCUAUUUGAUUCGAGCGUCUCUCCCGGUUUGAGCAUGGGAGGAGGUCGCAAACUGAAGCCUCGAAAGCCCUGAUAUCCAGUGGUACCGUUUGCCAUCAUCAAGACGACGUUAG